AUGGUGCUUCCAAAGUUCCUGCUGGCUGCUGCACUGCCGGCGGCCGCCCUGGCCGCCGACGUCAUCACCACAAAUGGCUUCACCACUUGUUUGAACGACGCCUCGAUUCAGAUUACGAAGAUGGACGUCACUUACAACCGGAACACGAAGAAGGUCGUGUUCAAUGUUGCUGGCGAGAGUACCGAGGAGCAGAAGGUCAUGGCAUCGCUGGUAGUGUCGGCUUACGGAAAGGAAGUCUACAGCAAGACCUUCAACCCCUGCGAAGAGCAAGACGACGGCAGCAACAGCACCGCGUUGUGCCCAAUCCCGAAGGGCAACUUUGCAGCAUCCGGCGAGCAGACAGUACCUGAUUCGUAUGCGUCCCAAAUUCCGUCCAUUGCGUUCACCAUUCCCGAUCUCGAUGGAACCGCCAAGUUGGAGCUUACCCCGAUCGAUGGCGGUGAUGACCUCGCCUGUAUCCAGUCGCAGGUCACCAACGGCAAGAGUAUGACCGUGGCCGGUGUCUCGUACGUGGCGGCCGGUAUCGCGGGCGCCGCGCUCCUGAUGACUGGUGUUUCCGCAAUGGCAAGUGCUGGUUCCGCAGCAGGUGCGGGUGCCAUCAGCCCCAGCCCUAGCUUCGGCGAGGUCAUGGGCUGGUUCCAAGGCAUGGCCAUGAACGGAAUGAUGAGCGUCAAGUACCCUUCGGUUUACACCAGCUUCUCCAAGAACUUUGGCUUCAGCACCGGCCUGAUUCCCUGGGGCGACAUGCAAAACACCAUCGACAACUUCAGACAGUCGACGGGUGGAAACCUGACUCACGCCAGCUACGCCUACCUGAGGAAUGCUACCAUUGUUCACGUGUCAUCCAGCAACGUGACCAAGCGCAGCCUGGAUACCGCCGCCCUUUACAUCCGUGACUCGCUUACGACUAACGUCAACGGCACUGAGAGCUCGACUUCCGACGGCGACGACGACGAUGACUCGUCCUCCGACUCGAAGGUCAUGGAGUAUGUCAAUGGCAUCAAGGGCUACGUUGAGGAGCUCUCCAUUCCCCAGGCCAACACGUUCAUGACCAUUCUGCUCGUCUUCGCCAUCGUCAUUGGUGCCAUCGCCGUCGGCAUUCUGCUCCUUAAGGUCAUCCUGGAAACCUGGGCUCUUUUCGGUUCUUUCCCCGCGAAGCUCACCAACUUCAGGAAGCGUUACUGGUGGAUUCUGGCCAAGACCAUCACCAACUUGAUCCUUCUGCUCUACGGUAUCUGGGUUCUCUACUGCAUCUACCAGUUCAGCAACGGCGACUCGUGGGCGGCCAAGAUUUUGGCCGGUGUAACGCUUGGUCUCUUCACGGCCGUCCUUGGGUUUUUUGCUUAUCGCAUUUGGUCCAUGGCUCAGAAGUUCAAGAAGGCCGAGGGUGAUGUUUCCGGUCUCUUUGAGGAUAAGGAAACCUGGAGGAAGUACAGCUUGUUUUACGAGAACUACAAGAAGGGCUACUGGUGGCUUUUCGUGCCCGUCAUCGUCUACUCGUUCGCCAAGGGCUGCGUCAUUGCCGGAUUGGACGGCCACGGCCUCGCUCAGACGGGCGCUCAGCUCGUCAUCGAGGCGCUGAUGCUUUGCCUUCUCCUCUGGUCCCGGCCGUACACGCUCAAGUCGAGCAACGUCAUCAACUGCACCAUCCAGGUCGUUCGCGUGCUUUCGGUCGUCUGCGUUCUGGUUUUCGUCGAGGAGCUCGGUAUCUCGCAGACGACCAAGACGGUCACAGGCGUGGUUCUCAUCGUCAUGCAGUCGGUUUUGACGGGUGUUUUGGCGAUUCUGAUUGCCGUCAACUCGAUCGUCGUGUGCUGCAAGGAGAACCCGCACCGCAAGAAGAGAAAGGAGCAGGAAAAACUCAACCGCGAUCUCGACAACCUGACUCCUCUGGACGCUCGCAACUCGCUGCUCAUGGACCCGGGCGAGUACAAGAGCCAGCGCCACUCGAUCAUGUCGGGGGCCAAGGGCUACGACCCGGUGCCGAUGCAAGAGGGCGUUUCGAAGAAGUACCAUGGGCGCAACACCUCGCACGAGAACCUGCUCGAUUCGGCGGCAGGCAUGGGCCAGAACGAAAGGGACAGGUCCAUGUCGCGCGACGGCAGGGCACCACGGUUGCCGGACAUCGAGACCGGCAACGGUGGUUACAGAGGGGCAGCGUACUAA